AGAAAUUUAAGGCAAAUGCCGUCGGUCCCUAUAGCAUUAGAUUUAACAGUAUGUAUACACUGUAUCAAAUCCAUCUCUGUUGCAGACACAAAUUCAAACUCACCGUCAUCAACAUGCUCUCGUAGAGGAACUUUUACAGUGACAACGCCUCUUUUUGGGAAUAGUCGAAGUUAUGUUGACCCGCAUACAUACGAAGAUCCUAAUCAAGCUAUCCGGGAAUUUGCGCGAGAAAUCGAUGCAAAUUAUAUAACAAUUGAAGCUAUUAUUGGUGGAGGCGAAUUCGGUGAUGUAUGUCGAGGUCGACUGAAAAUACCCCCUAAUUUCGUCCAAGACAUAGAUGUUGCUAUAAAGACACUUAAACCAGGAUCUUCUGAAAAGGCUCGGUGUGACUUUUUAACGGAAGCAUCAAUAAUGGGGCAAUUCGACCACCCGAAUGUUAUAUAUCUUCAGGGUGUGGUGACUCGCUCUAACCCUGUUAUGAUUAUUACCGAGUACAUGGAAAAUGGUAGUCUGGAUACGUUUUUGCGAGUCAAUGAUGGAAAAUUUCAGACUUUGCAGCUUAUUGUGAUGUUACGUGGCAUUUCUAGUGGGAUGUCCUAUCUAAGUGACAUGAAUUACGUUCAUCGUGAUUUAGCCGCUCGAAAUGUACUUGUUAAUGCUCAACUUAUAUGUAAAAUAGCUGAUUUUGGAUUAUCACGGGAGAUAGAAAAUGCCAGUGACGCAUACACAACACGGGGUGGGAAAAUACCAGUUCGUUGGACAGCGCCGGAAGCUAUUGCUUUUCGUAAGUUUACAUCAGCGUCAGAUGUAUGGUCAUAUGGUGUAGUUUUAUGGGAAGUUAUGUCGUAUGGUGAGCGACCUUAUUGGAACUGGUCAAAUCAGGAUGUUAUAAAAAGUAUUGAAAAGGGUUAUCGACUUCCAGCACCUAUGGAUUGCCCUGAAGCAUUAUACCAGCUAAUGCUUGAUUGUUGGCAAAAACAACGUACCCAUCGGCCAACAUUUUCAAGUAUAGUAUCAACCUUAGAUAAUUUAGCAAGGCAACCUCAAGCGCUGCUGACAACGAGAAAUUCCCCAGAAAAUGAUGGAACACAUAUAUUAGAAGGACAACGUGGUCAUAAUAUAUUUAUAAGUACCGACUUGUGGUUGGAUAAUAUUAAAAUGUCCCGCUAUUCUCAGCAUUUCAAAGAGGCUAAUUUGGCGACUGCUCAACAGAUCUCCCGCUUAACGGCUCAGCAAUUAUCUGAUAUGGGUAUAACUUUAGUGGGACAUCAAAAAAAGAUCUUACACCAGGCCAGACAGUUGGAUACUAUAAUUUAAGACUUAUUAUAUUCGUAGACCUAUUUAUUGUAAAUACAGCAUUAUUAUUGUGAGAAAAAAUCGUUCAAAACAAUAUGUUUACUAAUUAUAAAUAUUUAUAUGGUAGAAGAAUUCGCGUGUGUGGAGUUCUUUUCAACCAGUUUCUUUAAAAACAUAUUAACUCCUCAAAAACUAGUUUACGCCAAAAAAGUCAUUGUAAGUUUUCUAAAUAUUUGUUCACAAAAAAAAAAAAAAAACCGGAUUGUGAGGUGUUGAUAGAUAUUUGUAACUUCGAGUUUUUCUCAUUGACUGAAAUUUACUGCAAAUAGAAUCGGUAUAUUUUUAUACUUCUUUACUGAUACAAAUAUUAUAUGUUUUUUCCUAGUUCAAUUAAAUUACGGCGCAAUAUAGGAGCAAUUUCCCUUGUUUUGCAAUAAGGAAGUUGCAAUAAUUUAUAAAUAAGAGCUAUUGAUAGAAAAGGUAAUUUAUGUAAUUGUAAAGAUUACCUUGGUAGGGGUCAAUGCCUUUUAUUUCUAAUUUUUUUUUAAUUUACUCCAAAUACUCGCUUCGUGCAGAAAAUACAUUUUCAUACAAAAUUGUUUCAUACGUGUGAGGAGGUUUUUAUAUUAGUAUAAUGAUGAAGUUGCAAAAAAAUACGACUGUUUUUUGUAUGAAACUACUAAGUAUAACACUCGUUGUAGUAGUCAGUUGUUGUUGCUGUUGUAGCAGCAUACUAAACCCUAUCAGUGCAAUAUAGCUUUGUCUUCGUCUAGCUUAUCUAACGGUAGGCCCAGGAAACUAUGGGCUUGUUCGAGCUUCAAUCACAACCGCAGUGUUGCAUGAUUUGUGAAGGUAUCACGUUCGAAGUAAAAUUCUGGCAACAUUAUCAAAAGUUUCACGUUCGAGGUGUCAAAAAUUCGGCAAAUGUUGCGCGCGAAUACAAAUAAAUCGGCAUCAAAAUUUUUUUGUUUGCCGAACAUCAGAAGAGUAUCAGUUGAGCAAUUGCAACAGUGUUGCAAAUUGUCAUCAGUGCAGCAGUAUUGCCGCUUUUAUUACGUGCCUCGAACAAGCCCUUUCUGUUUCGAUAGGUUGGGUCCAGAGAGAGAGGGGUGUUAGAUGAGUGGGUUUGAUGGGCAUGUGAAAAGAUGGUUCGUAUCGCGCGG